GUGCUCUCCCUGUAGUUACCCGGAUAAAGACGGGUUAUAUAUUGUGAACCAAUGUAGGCGUGGGGGUUGUAGUCCAUACCGACAAUCGGUGAUCAGUAGAAGGAAACCCAUUUGUGCUUCAGCUUCAGGAAGUUAUUUGUGGAUUUUAAACAUGGCUGGUGGAAAGGCAGGCAAAGAUUCUGGUAAGACCAAGACGAAGGCUAUUUCGCGCUCACAGAGAGCAGGACUGCAGUUUCCAGUGGGCCGUAUCCACAGACACCUGAAGUCCAGAACCACCAGCCACGGCAGAGUGGGAGCCACUGCAGCCGUGUACAGCGCGGCUAUCCUCGAAUACCUCACGGCCGAGGUUCUAGAGUUGGCUGGAAAUGCAUCAAAGGAUCUUAAGGUAAAGCGUAUUACCCCCCGCCACUUGCAGCUGGCCAUUAGAGGAGAUGAAGAGCUGGAUUCACUGAUCAAAGCCACUAUUGCUGGUGGAGGUGUGAUCCCUCACAUCCACAAGUCUCUGAUUGGAAAGAAGGGCCAGCAGAAGACCGUAUAACCUGAAGCGCUGAUGAAUCGUGCCACCUCAUGAUGAAGUUUGCAUCAAGUGGUUAAAUGUCUUAGAUUAGAAACACCUUUAAGAGUUAUUUGUAUGGUUGGGCUUACAUUUACUCAGCUGGGGUAUUUUUAAAAAGUGGCUUCAGAGAAGCUCAUUUUUUUUGUGUGUUUUUUGCCUUUUUUGGUUUUUUGUUUUCCCUGUUGCUGUGGUUAUGUUGAAUCAUGCUUUGGUGGCAUUCCCAUGUUUAAACUGUUGUUUUAAUAAAGCUCUUAUUGGGCAAUUUC